AGGGAUCAUGAACUACCUUAAUCUACCCGACUUCUAAUGUGCUUUUUAGCAUUCGUAUUGUGCUGUUGGCUCACACUGAACUGUUUCAAACAACAUAUUGAGCUGUUUCAAAUCACAUUUCGCCUCCUGCCCCCCAUCCUGUAUUUCUAUAUUAUAUUUUUCUAAUCUAAAUGCAGCAUUUUACAUUUAUUUCUAGUUCAUCUUGUGACUACUAUUCUGUUUAAGAUGGUUGUAAAGAAGAAGAAAGAAAUACAAGUUACUGCGUUGACCAUUUGUCAUCAGGACCUUGAAACUUUGAGAUCUUUGGCUGACGUGGAAGGGAAAAAUCUAGCUUCUCUGCUGUUACAUUGUGUACAGCUCACCGAUGGAGUGUCCCAAAUCCGUUAUGUGAAACAGAUAGUGCCUUUACUGGAGAAAGCAGAUAAAAAUGGCAUGUGUGAUCCCACUAUUAGAAGUUGUUUGGACAUUUUAGCAGGCAUUUAUCUUUCUUUGAGUCUAAAGAAUCCCUUGAAGAAAGUCUUGGCAAGCUCACUAAAUUGCCUGCCUGAAUUUUUUCUAACUGAGGCCGUACAAAGUUUUACCUCUCGUCUUCAGGAAGAGUUGAAGACUACUGAUCUGUACUCUUACAGAAAAGUAAUUGACAACAUAUCUUCCUGUAUGGAGAACUUUAACUUGGGUAUAACAAGUGUUAAUAAUCUUCUUGAAAAUGUGCUUCAUUUUCUACAGAAGAGUUUAAUUGAAAUUGCAGAAGAAAAUAGAAAACUUGCUGGAAAUCAUAUUGUUCAAACUCAGUUGAUGAAUGACUUAUUGGUAGGCAUUAGAGUUUCAGUAAUGUUAGUACAGAAAGUACAAGGCCUCCAAAGAAUUCAUUUGACGAUUUCCAGUUCUCCCACAUGGCAGAGUAUGUGUGAAUUGCUGAGUAUUUUUACCAAGUUUUUAAACAAUGAUGACCUCUUAAGGACAAUUCAGAGUACAUCUGGAUUAGCUGUUAUUCUUUUUAUUAAAGCUAUGUUUCAUCCACCUGAAAAGAUUCCUGAUUUGAUUAGUAGUUUGCUUCUCCAUUCUGUGGACUGCUCGAGCACCCCAGAGUGGUUUGUGAACUCCUGCAGGAGCCUUUGUUGUGCUGAUGUCUCCGAGUCAGCCCUCCUGUUCCUGUGUCAGGGGACCCUCACCAUGUUGGACUGGCAGAAUGGGAGCAUGGGCCUGAGUGGGGAGGUCCUGCUCUUGGAUACCGUGCAUGUUUUGUUCACCUUGAGUUCACAGAUCAAGGAGUCAGCUCUGGAAAUGUUUCUGUCGAGAAUUUUGGCAUCUUGGACUAACUCAGCCGUACAUGUUCUCAAAUCAGGUUCCCCAAGCCUGAAAGACAGUCUGAACGGGAAUUCAAGCAUAGCUCAGAGACUUUUGGGAUAUGUCUAUACCCACUGGGAACAUCCAUUGGAUGCUUUGAGACACCAAACCAGAAUCAUAUUCAGAAACAUUCUUCAGAUGCACCAGCUCACUGUCAAAGAGUCAGAGUUAGAAAAGUCAGACUUGGCUGCUGAUCGUUUCAUCUUUGAACUGACUGAGAGUCUUCUGCGAUUGGAAUGGCAUAUUAAAGGAAAGUACAUAUGCCUUGGUUGUUUAGUAGAAUGCAUAGGAGUUGGACAUAUUUUGGCAUUAGCUAAAACUAUUCCAUCGCAAAUACUAGAGGUGAUGGGGGACCAGUCACUGGUACCUUAUGCAAGUGACCUCUUAGAAACCAUGUUUAAAAAUCAUAAGAGUACUUUGAAAUCUCAGGCUGUCGACAGUACUUGGAUUGAUGAGUGGCAUGAGACUUGGGUUUCUCCUCUCCUUCACAUACUCUGUGAAGGAAAUCUGGAUCAAAAAUCUUAUGUCAUUGAUUAUUACUUGCCCAAAUUAUUGAAUUGCAACCCUGAAAGCUUAAGCUACAUGGUAAAGAUUCUUCAGACUUCUGCUGAUGCUAAAACUGGGUCUUAUAAUAGCAGAGGGGCUCUGGGAGCUUUGAUGGCAUGUCUGCGAACAGCUAGAGCUCAUGGACAUCUUCAGUCUGCAACUGAUGCCUGGAGGAAUCUUGUGUCCAGUGCAAAAAUAAAGCAAGGCUUAAUUCAUCAGCACUGCCAAGUGCGGAUAGAUACAUUAGGCUUGCUUUGUGAAAGUAAUCGAAGCACAGAAAUCGUUUCCAUAGAAGAGAUGCAGUGGAUUCAGUUCUUUGUCACAUACAAUCUUAACAGCCAGUCUCCAGGAGUGCGGCAGCAGAUCUGCUCUCUUCUUAAAAAGUUGUUUUGUAGGAUACAGGAAAGUUCUCAGGUGCUUUAUAAACUGGAGCAAAGUAAAUCCAGACAUGAACCAGAGAAUGAGUUAACCAAACAACACCCUUCUGUUUCUUUAAAUCAGUAUAAGGAUUUCAUGUCAUCCAUUUGCAACAGCCUUUUUGAAGCAUUGUUUCCUGGCUCUUCCUUCCCAACUAGAUUUUCAGCUUUAACCAUUUUAGGCUCAAUAGCUGAAGUUUUUCCUGUCCCAGAAGGUCAAGUCCAAACAGUCUAUCAGCUGAGUCAUGAUAUUGAUGUUGGUCGUUUCCAAACACUAUUGGAAUGUUUUACCAGCACUUUUGAAACAGUGAAACUUUUAGCAUUUGAUCUUCUGAUGAAGUUGCCAAAAACAGUUGUACAAUCGCAGGAUUCAGAGAAACUGCAGGGUUUAUUCCAGGCAGCAUUGGCGCUCAGCACCAGCACCAAACCAUAUGACUGUGUCACAGCUUCCUGCCUACUGAACUUCUUGAUCUGUCAGAAUGCUCUGCCAUCAUCUUUGUCUGCUUACUUAAAAGCUCAGCAGGCUGCUUGUGGAAAUGGAGAUGAGGCCACUGCUGUGGUGGAAAGUAACACAUUAAUAGUUAUCAAAUGCUUGUUGGAAAACCUUGAGGAAGAAAUAUCUCAGGCUGAAAAUUCUCUGCUUCGGGCAGCAGCAGCAUUUCCAAUGUAUGGGCGAGUUCACUGUAUAACAAGGGCUUUGCAGAAGUUACCUCUAAACAGCCUGCAGCUGGUGAGUGAGUGGAGACCUGUGGUGGAGAAGCUCCUUUUGAUGUCCUACAGGCUUUCCGCUGUGGUGGCUCCCGUCAUUCAGAGCUCGUCCCCAGAAGGCCUCGUCCCAAUGGACACUGAUUCAGAGUCAGCAAGCCGCUUACAGAUGAUUCUGAACGAGAUUCAGCCACGAGAUACUAAUGAUUACUUCAAUCAAGCCAAAAUAUUGAAAGAACGUGAUAGCUUUGAUUUGGAGGACUUGAAUGCUAGUGUAUCAAAUAUUGACACUUCUGCAGAAGUCCAAGGUAAAGAAGGAAAAACAUGUGAUGUAACCGCUCAGAUGGUGCUGGUAUGCUGUUGGAGAAGUAUGAAGGAAGUUGCUUUACUUUUAGGCACACUGUGCCAGCUUCUACCCAUGCAGCCUGUGCCAGAAUCUCCUGAUGGAUUACUGACGGUGGAGCAGGUAAAAGAAAUAGGAGAGCACUUUAAACAACACCUUUUACAGUCCAGGCACAGAGGAGCAUUUGAAUUGGCUUACACUGGCUUUGUGAAACUCACUGAAGUACUAAACAGAUGCCCUAAUGUGAAUCUGCAAAAGCUACCAGAAGAGUGGUUAUGGAACGUUUUAGAGGAAAUUAAAUGCAGCGAUCCUUCAUCUAAACUCUGUGCUACAAGGCGCAGCGCUGGAAUUCCUUUCUACAUACAGGCACUGUUGGCAUCUGAACCGAAGAAAGGCAAAAUGGAUUUGUUGAAAAUAACAAUGAAAGAGUUAAUCUCUUUGGCUGGGCCUACUGAUGACUCACAAAGUACAGUUCCCCAGGUUCAUGCUUUAAAUAUUCUUAGAGCCUUGUUCAGAGAUACACGUCUGGGAGAAAAUAUUAUUCCUUAUGUUGCUGAUGGAGCUAAGGCUGCAAUCCUAGGCUUUACAUCACCAAUCUGGGCAGUGAGAAACUCAUCCACACUUCUCUUCAGUACCUUGAUCACAAGAAUAUUUGGAGUUAAAAGGGGAAAGGAUGAACUUUUCAAAAAAAAUACAAUGACAGGGAGCGAAUUCUUCUCUCGUUUCCCGGGACUCUAUCCUUUCCUUCUCAAGCAGUUAGAGGCUGUAUCCAGCACUGUGGACAGUGAUACAGGAGAACUAAACCAUCAUCCAAGUAUGUUUCUCUUACUGUUGGUGUUGGGGAGACUCUACCCUUCCCCGAUGGACGGCACCUAUUCUGCUCUCAGCAUGGCUCCAUUUAUUCCCUUCAUUAUGAGGUGUGGUAACUCACCUGUCUACCGCUCUCGUGAAAUGGCAGCCCGUGCCUUGGUCCCAUUUGUUAUGAGAGAUGAAAUCCCAGCUACCAUCCGAACUCUGUUGGCCAAACUCCCCAACUGCACUGACCAGUGUUUCCGGCAAAACCAUAUUCAUGGGACACUUCUCCAGGUUUUUCAUUUGUUACAAGCCUUCUCAGACUCCAAGUACAGAAUGAAUGCAUACUUUCAGCAGGAGCUGGCUGAUGUUGCUGUUUGCACCAUAGCCAAACUUUGGCUGGCCAAGAGGCAAAAUCCGUGUUUGGUGACCAGAGCUGUGUAUAUUGAUAUCCUGUUCCUGUUGACUCGCUGCCUUGACAAGCCCACAGAAGGCAACCAGCCAGUCCUGGAGCACCUUGGCUUAUGGGAGGAAGUCAGAAAGAUCAUCUCAGGAUCAGAGCUACUAACGGGAUUCCCCUAUACCUUCACGGUGCCAGGCCUGCCCCAGUACCUCCAGAGCCUCACCAAACUAGCCAUUGCUGCAGUGUGUACAGUGGCCGUCCAGGCUGAAGAGCAGACACGGGACGUCCCCAUCUCCUUCUCUCAGCUGCUAGAGUCUUCCUUCCCUGAAGUGCGCCUGCUGACACUGGAAGCCCUGUUGGAAAGGUUUUCAGCAGCCUGUGGAUUAGGAGAAAAGGAACUGCCACCCUUGCUGUGGAAUAUGGGAGGGAUGUUCUUGAUGUUGGCAAUGAAGGAAAAUCACCCAGAAUGCUUCUGCAAGAUACUGAAAAUCCUGCAUUGCAUGGACCCCAGGGAGUGGCUUCCCCAGACAGAAUGCUGUAUCCAUCUAACCCCAAAGGAGUUUUUGAACUGGACCAUGGAUAUUGCUUCCAAUGAAAGGUCUGAAAUUCAAAGUGCAGCUCUGAGACUUGCCUCCAGAGUGAUUGUCCAUCACAUGCAGACGAGUGAUGAGACCAGGGACUCCGUGGCCCCCGAACUGAAGCAGUGGGUACAGUUGGUCAUCUCGUCUUGUGGAGAUCACCUUCCCACGGAGUCCAGGCUGGCCGCUGCUGAGGUCCUCACCAGCACCACCCCGUUUGUCCUCACCAACCCCCAGCCCGUUCUCGGGCUGCGGGACACGCUUGCCCUCUGGAGGUGUGUCCUCACCCUCCUGCAGAGUGAGGAGCAAGCCGUCCGAGAUGCCGCCACGGAGACGGUGACGGCCGCCGUGUCGCAGGGGAACACCUGCCAGUCCACAGAAUUUGCCUUCUGCCAGGUGGAUGCCUCCAUUGCUCUGGAUGUGGCCCUGGUUGUGCUGUGUGACCUGCUCCAGCAGUGGGACCAGCUGGCCCCUGGACUCCCAAUCCUGCUGGGAUGGCUGCUGGGAGAGGGUGAUGACCUCGUGGUCUGUGUGGAGAGCGAGCGUCAGGUGGAAGAAGACUACCUGUUUGAAAAAGUAGAAGUCAACUUUUGGGCUGAGACCCUGAUCUUCGUAAAAUACCUCUAUAGGAACCUCUACAGUCUUCUCUCCAAGUCCAACCAGCGUCCCCUCAGCCCUGAGAGGCUCUGUCAUCUUCAGAGGACAGCAUCAGAGCAGUGCCACCUCCUUUCCCAGCUCUUCAAAGAGCUGCCACCAACUGCAGAGUUUUUGAAGACAGUGGAGUUCACGAGACUGCGCAUUCAGGAGGAAAGGACUUUGGCUUGCCUGAGGCUGCUGGCCUUUCUUGAAGGAAAGGAAGGGGAAGACCCCCUAGUUCUCAGUGCUUCGGACUCUCCAGCAAAAGCAAAUCAGUUAACUCUUCCAGGAACAGAAAUGGCUUGUUGAAGAAAGACGG